UAAUGUACUGUUAACUGUUAGUUUAAAUUUUAGAUCGGCUCUAGCAAGACGUCCACUAAACCGGUUAAUUUUUUCGGUAAAAAGUUGAUUCAAUUGAAGUUUCAUUUGAUUGAGUGAAUGGUUACGUUUGAAAUAUGUGUGAAAUAGUAGCUUGAUAUUAUAUGAUAUUAACAGUUCGGCGCUAAAUGUUUUACACUCAUACGUUAAUAUUCAUUAGAAUAUAAGAAUAGUUAAAUGGUAAAUGUGACCAUACUGUGAAUUUUGAAAAACAACGAUAUAUUUUUUCAUAAAGAAAAAAAUCAUACUUGGACUAACUGGAAUACAGGACACUGAAGUUGAUUUUAAAUCCAAACACUUUACAAGUUGGAAAACUAUUCAAUUAUUGUGCAGAAAUUGUUCAGGAAUUCAAAACAACCCAUCUUUAGGCCCUUUUGAAACUAAAUUGUUGCAUUUUUUAUGGAAUUUCAUAUUUCACUUAACUAUUAAUUAGCAAGAAGGAAGAUACCGAAGAUGUAACCUGCAGAAAAUGGCAGCUACUGAAGAAACAGAUUCAAAGGAAAUAAAAUAUACCGAGGAUGCCAUAAGAUAUUUUAGAAGUAUUUUUAGAAAGUAUGAUCUAGAUGGAAGCGGUGGUAUUGAGAUACGAGAAUUUAUAGAAAUGCUUCGGCAAAACGAUGAAAUUUCAGAGAAGAUUAUUAAGAAAUUAUUUAAAUAUGGCGACAAGAACAAGGACAAGAAAAUUACUUUGGAUGAGUUUAUCGACCUAGUGACUGACCGGAAAUUUUCACAAGUCUUCGGGAAAUAUGUCAACAACUAUAUGCACUUUAUACUUCCAAAUCAAAAACCCAAGUAUAAACCUACCGGUCGAAGGGCCCCAAGAUCUGUUGAAGAAGGUCAAUCAGAAGUUGAUGGACCUUAUGAAGAAGAAUACUCUUGUCUGCCGCCUCCGAUAGGAAUGGUGUUUAUAUCCAUAAUGGAAAUAAUAUUUUUUGUAAUUGACGAACAUAGAAAGUCGAAAUCAGCUGUGGUAGACAGCGGUCCAAUGGCAAACUUAUUUAUCUACAACCCAAAUAAAAGAUAUGAAUUUUGGAGAUUUCUAACGUAUAUGUUUGUUCAUAUAGGGUACACUCAUCUAUCAGUAAAUCUCAUAAUUCAAAUAUUCCUAGGCAUUCCACUUGAACUGGCACACAGAUGGUGGAGAGUGUUGAUAUUAUAUUUUCUUGGUGUAAUUGCUGGUUCACUCUUAACAUCUGUUAUGGAUCCGUUUUGCUUUUUGGCUGGUGCUAGCGGAGGGGUGUAUGCUUUACUUACUGCACAUAUCUCUACUGUCAUAAUGAAUUUUGAUAGCAUGGCUUGUCCAUGCUUGCAUCUCAUUAUAAUUAUCAUGCUGAUAAGUGUUGAUGUGGGAUCAGCGCUAUAUGCCAGAUAUACAGCCACACUUGAUCAAACCAUCGGAUAUGUAGCACAUUUUGGUGGAGCCGUAGCCGGCCUUCUUGUCGGCAUAUGGAUGCUACGCAACGUGGAAGUUACCAAUAGAGAAAAUAAGAUAUGGUGGAUUGCACUCAUCUUGUAUAUAUUUUCAAUGAUUACUCUCAUAGCUAUAAAUAUUUUCUGGACCAGUCAUUUUCAAAAGAGCUUAUAAAGCAAAUAUUUCCCUACAAACAAUUAUUGUCGCUAUGAUAAUUUAAUGGUACAUAAACUAUUAAAAGAAUCAGCAUAAAAUAGUCCAAGAAAAUACGCUUUCAAAUAGGAAGUUUUGGUAAAAACUUGAUUUUUUGAUGAGUUACUUAGAAAGAUCUAAAAACGGAUUUUGAAAGUUUUUUUUUAAAUUAAAUAAAAAAAAUAAUUCCAAGCAAAAUGAAUAAAAAUGUUAAAUAUAUGAAUUUUUGAGCAACUUAUUUUUUUAAUUUC